AGGUAUCAGUUUUUAAAACGAAAGUAGUGCUUGCAACCCACCGGAAGACAGUGGGGGGAACGAGGAACCCAUACGCGGAGCUCAAACGGACUUCUUCUACUGUGGUUCUUUCUUUCUCCCCUUGCUUCUCCUUCGACCCUCUGCUUCUUCAGGUGGUCAAGCAGGGAAGAAGUCUAAAGUUCCGUUAAAGUUCUGAUCUUUUGGGUAGUCAAGGUUGUAACUUCUAGGAUCCUGCUCUCCCUUCAUACACUGGAUAGGCAUCGUUUUCAAGCUUCAACUACUACCUUUGUGGCGCUUCCUUGAAAUAUUUUUACCUUGUGGACAUGUUACGUGAAGAGGGGGUAUUUGGACGAAAGUUCAUAAUUUGACUUGAAAGGGCUCUGAGAAUCAGAAGACGGUAAUACAUCAGAUGGAUACAGAUCUGCAAAUUUUAUCAUAGAGAGAGAUUUGUGAUUUUCUUAUGGCUGUUGCCCAGAGCAACGGCAUCAGUACAACAAAGGCACAACCCUUCAGCUGUUACAAAGUUUCGAGCCUGUCUCAGACUAUCUUAGAUUCAAGCCAGAGCUUGAGAUUAGAAGAUCGAUAUGUUUUGGGGAAGCAAUUGGGUUGGGGGCAGUUUGGUGUCAUCCGUGAGUGCUCAGAUAAAUUCACUGGAGAGUUGUUUGCGUGCAAAUCCAUUGCCAAGGAAAGACUGGUCACACUAGAUGAUGUCCGCAGUGUUAAGCUUGAGAUUGAAAUAAUGACUAGGUUAUCUGGGCAUCCAAAUGUUGUGGAUCUUAAGGCGGUUUAUGAGGAGGAGGAUUAUGUGCAUUUGGUGAUGGAGCUUUGUGCUGGUGGGGAGCUAUUUCACCGGUUGGAGAAGCAUGGGAGGUUCUCUGAGUCCGAGGCUUGUGUUCUUUUCAGUCAUCUUAUGCAAGUGGUUAUGUAUUGUCAUGACAAAGGUGUUGUCCAUAGAGAUUUGAAGCCAGAAAACAUUCUGUUGGCCACAAAGGCCUCAUCAUCACCAAUUAAAUUGGCAGAUUUUGGUCUUGCAACCUAUGUCAAGCCAGGCCAGAGUUUGUAUGGGACAGUUGGAAGUCCUUUUUAUAUAGCUCCAGAAGUGCUGACUGGGGGCUACAAUCAGGCAGCGGAUGUUUGGAGUGCUGGUGUUAUUCUUUACAUACUCCUCAGUGGGAUGCCACCUUUUUGGGGAAAGACCAAAUCAAGGAUCUUUGAUGCUGUUAGGGCAGCUGAUUUACGGUUCCCAUCGGAUCAUUGGGAUCGGAUAUCUGCAUCUGCCAAGGACUUGAUCCGUGGAAUGCUCUGUACAGAUCCUGCUAAAAGGCUCACUGCAGCCGAGGUUCUUGAUCAUGGCUGGAUAAGAGAUUGUAGGCAUGUGGCUGAAGAGCCAUAUGAAAGCGAUGGCCUUAGUUGUAGGCAAUUGGACUUGGAUGGCAGCUCGUUCUCUACCCCAUUUGUCUCAAGGAAUCAGGACUUCAGCUUUAGCUCUGCCUCACCUCUGCCUGGAGAUGCCCAAUUAGGCAUUUCACCAGCAUUCACGUGCAGAUCAUCUUUCUCUUCUUUCUUGCUUGAUUGCUCCACACCACCCUGCACUGUAUCUGUUGGUUUUUCUUUCCAGAGCUGUUGUGCAUCAGAUGGCAUGGAAUUCUCUUCCCCUGUUCAGUCGAUGCCAAGCUUUGAUUUUUUCAGCCCAAGUCCGGCAGUAGAACAAAGGAAUAACUCAUUGCGUUUCACAGCCAAUGUAUCAGGAGUUGAUGCAUUUCAGAAAGAAGAGGCAAGCUUGGGGAGGCUCUUCAUCUUGGAUUCUUCUGCUUCCUUGGGGCAUGAGGUGGGAGAGAAGGAUCAAAAGGCAGUUGACGUUCGAAGGGGAGUAGGAGCACCUGCCUCUAGGGUGUUUGGCAUCCACAGUAAGAGAAACCACACGAUUGGCCUUGGGGAAUUUGAACAGCUUGAUCUUAUGGUGACUGAGUCAGUUAUCCGCUGGGCAUCAUGUACACAUCUCCCAAGUGCACCAUCUCUUAGGUCCUCUCUUGUUUGUUGAUUUUUGAGUGAGGGAUGAUGAAAGAAGGGGAGAACCAGUGUAAGGGACAAAGUGCAGAGAUGUCCCAUUUCACUCACCUGAUCUAACACGAUUGCACUGUAGACGAGUGGAGGAGCUGAGCUCUGGCACAAGUUUGAGUUUCGGAAAGGCUUGUUUGAGGUGGUGUGAUGAGUUAUUCGGCACUAACAGGAGUGUGCCACGUGUACCAAUUUAAAGGGGCUUGAGAGUUCCAAGUUCACACACUCCUAUUAUGCAGAAAAUUUUCUUUGAUCUUUUGGAAAAAAACUCUAUGGUCACCCCCUUUUGUCAUCUCUCUUGGUAGUAGAAUUCUAAAGAUAUAUGGAUUGACUCUCAGUGGUGUCAUGGCCCGAGACCCGAGUCUUGUGGUUGUACAGAGUACAUGUCAUUCAUGACAAGCCAUUGGGCUACAAAUUUGAAUACAGGUUAUGCUGGCUGCCGGAAGCUCUAGACUUCCUUAGACCUUC